CUUUUUUGUUUUUUUUAUAUUAGGUUGGCCAAAAAGUCUUGCGGUAUUUCCGAUAGGUGUCUUUGCAAGCGCGUAGUUCUAGUUCUAUUUAUCGAAUCGGUUCAUGCGAUACCUUUUUGGAAAGCUCUUUUCCCGCGCUAACACGUGUUUGAUUUAUUGUUGUUUGUCUUGAGUCGUUCGUGAGUUAUAGCGUCACAAACAUGGAGCAAAAUAAAGAGAAAAUACGGCAUAUUUUACAGUACUACUACGAUAAAGGCAAAAAUGCAACUCAUGCUGCCAAUAAAAUUUGUGCAGUUUAUGGACCCGAUACAGUUUCCAUUUCCACCGCACAACGAUGGUUUCAACGUUUUCGUUCUGGUGCGGAGGUGGUCGAAGAUGCGCCACGGUCCGGAAGGCCUGUCGUCGAAAAUUGCGAUAAAAUCGCCGAAUUGAUCGAAAGAGAUCGGCAUAGUAGCACCCGUAGCAUCGGCCAAGAGCUUGGCAUGAGUCAUCAAACCGUUUUAAACCAUUUGAAGAAGCUUGGAUUAAAAAAAAAGCUAGAUGUAUGGGUGCCACACGACUUGACGCAAAAAAACAUUUUUGGCCGUAUGGAUGCAUGCGAAUCGCUUCUGAAUCGCAACAAAAUCGACCCGUUUUUGAAGCGGAUGGUGACUGGCGAUGAAAAGUGGAUCACUUACGAUAACGUGAAGCGCAAACGGUCGUGGUCGAAAAGCGGUGAAGCUGCCCAGACGGUGGCCAAGCUUGGAUUGACGGCCAGGAAGGUUCUUCUGUGUGUUUGGUGGGAUUGGCAGGGAAUCAUCCACUAUGAGCUGCUCUCCUAUGGCCAAACGCUCAAUCCGAGAGCUCGGAUGGGAGGUUCUAUUGCAUCCACCGUAUAGUCCGGAUCUCGCACCAAGUGAUUACCACCUAUUUCUGUCCAUGGCGAACGACCUUGGUAGUCGGAAAUUGGCCACAAGAGAGUCCUGUGAAAAUUGGCUCUCCGAGUUUUUUGCCAAUAGAAAAGCGAGCUUCUAUAAGAGGGGCAUUAUGAAGUUGGCAUCUCGUUGGGAACUCGUCAUCGAACAAAACGGCGCAUAUUUGACUUAAAUCGCAUUAUUCUAACCAAUUUUAUGAACAAUUGAAAAUUCAAUAAAAAUACCGCAAGACUUUUUGGCCAACCUAAUA